UCUAAUGAUGACCGUGUACAAUGGCUACUUUCGUUUUCGGUGGAAGAGAGCAAGAGAGUGAAUGAGACACAGAACGCGUUCGUUUGUGGCAUUUGCCGUUAUUUUUCUUGUGCGCCCAUGCACAACCGUUUGGAAUGACCGGAACGCGUCAUUUUAUUUCUCAACACUAAUUUUUCAUCAGCGCGCAUUUUAUAAGUUGGUGCAUGUUUUGGUUCAUGGCAAUUUGUCAGUUAAACAAAGCGGUUUUCCUUUUUAUCGCACUGGAUCACCAUACAUCAAACCAGCUCUCGAACGAUGGUGGCAAGCAGUGGGAGAAAAAAAACGCUAUAGUUAUUAUAAGAAGCAACCAUAGGAAAAGUAUCCAAUCAUAAGACGAGAUGAAUGUGCAGUUCGGCAAAUGUGGCCGCCAAAGACUGAAAGGACAGAGACUGAAUGAAAGAACGACACAAAUACACACGCACACUGAGGAAGAAAUGGAAGUAAUGCGACUAUGUCUAUAUGCAUUGUAUACACAUUUGAAUUUUGACUUUUACCAAUUUAUCCACUUAUCCGUCAGCAUUACGACGCAUAAAAUGGUGCUGUUACAAAUACGUGUUUGGAAAGCCAUGUAUGGUGAAAAAUGGCUCGUUCAAAAAACGAACUGGACUUUAUUUUCGGGAAAUGUUCAUCGAAUCGUGGCACGAUCAAGCAACAGCAACAGCAACAGCAGCAUCAGCAGCCACAACCAAACGACAAAUUCAUUUCGGCUUUAUUAUGAUAUACGCAAAAGAAAGAAUGUUUGUCAAAAGGAAAAUGCUUUAUAUGCAUUAAAAAGAUGGAGAAUGAGGAACAGCACACGCAACCACACACACACACAGAAAGAGAGAGAGAGAGAGAACCAUUGCCCAAAUAUUAUAUUUCACUGUUUUAUUACAUUUAUUAAGUGAGAUAGAUGGUCAAAAAGGGUUUAUUUGUGUGUGAUUAAUGAAGACAAAUUUGUGUUUGACUAUAUUUAGCAAAUGGGCCGAAUGAGAGAGAGAGAGAGAGAGAUGUGCUAACACAAACACACACAUACGCGCGCGCAAAUACCAAAUAUAUACAUCCAAAUGCUGCGUUUAAUGGAUUUACUUGGUUUUAUUUGGCUUGGCUUGCCUUGAAUCUUUCUUUUUAUUUUUCGUUUCCUCUUCUCAUGUGCGUGCGUUUUUGCUGAGCAAGAUGAAGAAGGUCAUUUUAAUUGAUGGAAUUGAGCUCGCAUGGACGAAGUAAGCUUCAAAUGAAACAAACGAGUCUUACGAUUCGAGCUAAAGAGAAUAUAUUGGAUUUUCAUCAAAUCCAUUUAUUAAUUGAUGCUCAUUUGCUACAAUGUUUUAUUAUCAUAAUCAUUGAGCUUCCCAAUCGAAAGCCGCCUCGCGCAAAUAAAAUAUUCGGGAAUCCAUCCAUGGCACAGAUUCAUUUAGUGUGUCGAUCAAUUAUUCACGAGCUAAUAAAAAUAAAUACGACGAAUAUAAUCAUCAUGCAUAUUUACAUUCCUUUUUUUCCUUCAACAUCUUCAAUUUUAAUUAUCGCAAAACUGGCGUAAUAAAAACGAAUGCAUAAAGGGUCUUCUUCCCUUGUUGGAAAAUGAACGCAUAAAAUGUAUAAAAUGUCGAAAGCCGACUUACAAAUCGGAAUUAUUUCGUCUUAAAACGUCUGGGAAAGGAAUCAAACUCAGACAUUUCUGCAUUUUAUCAAACGAUGCAAAAACGUGAGCAACACGAAAAAAACACCAGCUCAUGAGCGCACAUUAUGUAAAUUUAAUGAAGAAAAGGAAAAGUAUCGUUCUACCGUGUCGUAUCGCUUUUUGCUCUCCAUUAAAUUUUCACUAUUCGCAAUGAGAUGCAGAGAGAGAGAGAGAGAGACACACACAGACGACACACCGAGCAGGUGAGAGCACAUACAACGGAUACAUUUUAAUCUACUUUGAUUCAAUUUUGUGAAUGUGUCUGUGUUUACAGUGCGCGCAAAAUACAUCAUUCCCAUUCUUGGAAUGGAAAAUCGUGCGCGCUACCGUAGUAAGCAUUGCACUGAGUAGUAAUCUUCUUAUCGUCACGGCUGUAUUUUCGAUGUCUACAAGAAGUAGAGAGAUAAUUAGCAAAUGCUAUGUAUAUCGAAUUUGAUAUUGCUACAGACAGUUCAUGCUUAACGAGACGUUGUAUAGAUUUUGUGAUGGCAAAGAUGCGAUUUACGUGGAACGUUUUUGAUCAAUGCUCGAUGAUGUUUGUGCAAAGUGAACAUGAUACAACACGGAGCGUGCAUAGGGUGAAAAAAGGAGUGCUUCCGCUAGAGAUUGCAUAAAUCAUGGUGUCGAUACAUUUUGCCGGCAACGGCAAAACCCGAACCAAUUAACCUGAAUAAACGGGCGAGAACGAGUAAAAUUACGAAUGUCGACCGAAAACAAACUUUCUCCGCACAAACACACACAUUCACGGUGACACCAACAACGGAAUGAAACAGAAAAAAAACUAUUAUUAUCAGUGCCAAUGCUUUCAUUUAAUUCCAAACAAGAGCAAACUACGAUAAAAUUGAAAUAAAUCUUAAUUAAUGCAGGCACGGAGAAUUUAUAGCAUAGCGUGGAAAUUUUCGCGUUCAGAAAUGAGGCGCUCGCGUCCUAUAUGUGUGUUAGUGAAAAGUGCAAAAUUCGCACCGUUGUCUUUCCAUUUCAAUGCUUUCUCGAUAUAAUUCACGCGCGUGUAAGUGUUUGAGGAUCGAAGGAGGCACGAAGUGUCUGCACACAGCAGCGGCAUUUUGUUUCUCGUUCAAGAUGAUAUCAUGCUGAACUUCGGCUUUGGCAUCGCAAGCGAUAAUUUCGGUGCCGUCCUUCAAAUUUGCAUGAAUUAUGCGAAAACACGAAUUUCAGCUGGCUCCUUAUGGUUGCUGAAACCAAUUAACAUCUCUUCUCGCCCAGAUACUUGCUCUCACAUCCACUUACUCACUAUCUCUCUCUCUCUCUCUCGCUCUCUCUCGCUCGCUCGCUCGUCGAACUGAUGCCACAACACGAAUAAAUUUUCCUCAAACCACCUGAAUUCGCACAUCGUGUUUUUGUUGCUGCUCAUCUACAUCUUUUUGAGCUUAGUCAUGCAUGAGAACAACUGCAACAAAAAAAUCAUUUGAUCUCAUUCCACAGUUAACUUUUUACUACAGUGCUGCGCUGAUGCUGGCGAAACUUCCAGGGAAUAUUGUAAUAUAUAUCGCAUAUUCAAUGCAAACUCAUUACAAUUCAGAUGAAUCGUGUCGGACUGAAAAUUUCCGUGCCAAUCUUUGGCUCAAACAAAGACAAACAAAGGAUAAUUAGACGAGAUCAGAACCAGAAGAAGAAGCCCUUUUUAUGCGGAAAUUGAAGCUGUAAUAUAUUGCGACUAGUAUUUUCUUUUCUUCUUUAACUGUGCACUUUACGCAGACAAUUUAUAGUUAAAUUUGCAUGCUGUUACUUUUCUGCGGAUGGCUUCAAAUCCCAUCCGAAAAACGCUCAAAGCAUUGAAUUCCAAGUAGUGUGCACCCGAAUACCGGAUUUAUGCCUUUUUUCUACUGCGUCAAUCACAAUUAAAAACUUUGCAAUUUUUCGGUGAAAUAAGCAAAACUCAGUUAAACACACAUAAACGGUCAAAUGAACGAACGAACUUUGAAACCGAAAGCUCUGUAAUUUUAUCUCCCUUUGACAAGCGUAAAAUAAACAAAUUCACACGCAUACAAUAAUAAUGAAACUAAAAUAAUGGGAAAAUUUAUGAAAGCAAACGCAGCCAGCAAGAUGCCGUUGCCAAACUUUUUAAUAAAAUUGUUCGAUUUCUUUUGUGCAAAAGUAGCAAGAGGAAGUUGUUACGUUGCCUCUGGUUGCGAAAUGCAACAACAUUUUCUUGUGCUCCGACCAACUGAGCGUGAAAGAACGAGAGAGAGAGAGAGAGAGAGAGAGAGAGAGAGAGAGAGAGAGAGAGUGAGAGAGAGUGAGAGAGAGCACAACCAGAGUAGAAAUGUGAAACACUUAACUAUGCACAACUAUGUGGCAACACUUUGAUCAUUGAAUGUGCUUUACUUAUUCGAAAAUGUGAGAAGAAUGGCAAACAGAACAAGUGGCAAAGAGAGAGAGAGCGACUGAAGCACAUGGCUCAUACGAUUUCGUGCUUUAAAUUGUAAAAUUAUAAAUGCAGCAAAUGCAACCGACCGACCCGCUCCACCAGAUACACACUCACAUAGUAACAUUGUACAGACAACGCGAAUGCUACGAUUUUCCGCCACUAAGUUUUAAUAUUAAAUUGUUGGUGUUGCAAUGCUCGAGUGUGCGCUCGCGUUCGUUCUUCUUCAUUUCAGAAUAAUUUUCCUACUGACUUUGCCCGAAUACAAUGUGACAAAAAUUAAAUAAUCGCGCAUAGUUAUUUACAUACUCACAGGAACUUAACGCUGCACUUAUCACCCGCCGACAGAGAAAAAAAUUCUCCGAAAAACCGUCGGCAACUCAAGUGGCCUGUGACGAAGCAGCAACACUGUGCCCCAAUUUCCAACAUGUGUACCGAAAAUGAAAAACAAAGCCAACAGUUUUGCAAACUUUCAGUGCAAAUACAUUUCAAAAUUGAUAAUGCAGCAACACAUUAUGGCCUGAGACGCAUAAAGCAGCGAGUUUAUAUUGGAAUUCAGAGUAAAUUGGAUUCAUUUAAAAGAAAUGGAGUGCAAACAAUAUUUGCUCGUUCGCCCAAAAUGGGGCGAAAUUCAAAUAGAAUGAGCUGGCAAAACAAAAGCAGGCUAUGCCUGAAUUCAGACAAAGUGUUUAUUUGCUAAUGGUAAAAUUCGCAAUGUUUGCUUCGUCAAUCAAUUGAUAAAUCUCUUGUUUUAUUGCUAUUGCUAUUUUGUAAGUAAAUUUAAUGAUAAAAUUCAGAUUUGAAAAACGCGUCAAUCAAACGUGAUGUUGUGUUCGGUGGUGGAAAAUCCAUAAUCCAUAAUCCAUAAUUCCAUAUUGUAAUCCUGCUUUUAGCCGGUCGCAUAAUCAUGUAACUCAUUUCGAAAACAGAGAUGGAGUGAGAGAUAGAGAAAAUGAGAGUCAGAGGCCCUCUCAACCAUGCCAAUUUACACUUGUGCUCUGCCGAUGACGAUAUUUUUAAUGGUGUGGUGAAGAUUUUCCAGCCUGGCUGCCAUGAGCAACGAUGAUGCUGUAGACAGACAAACAUAUCGGUCGCCGUAGUUCAGAUUCUCUUUCAAUAACCUUCACUGUUUUUAUCGAUCAAUUUCAAGUAGAGAUUAUAUGCGGGCGAUAGCGUCAUGUUGCUACCACAAACGACACUCAAUAUUUACCCCAUCCAAUUAUCAGUUAGCUAAUCUCUCGCACCAAUGGUAAUUUUCGUAGAAAAUUCAACGCGGUGUGUUUGCCGAAGAAAGCUGGGGUGUGUAUCCAACAAUAUCCAGCGUACAAAUUCAUCAACACAAAUCUCAUGGAGAUGCGGUGAAUUUUCUUUGAUUUUAUUUUUUCGGCGAAGGCGAGAAAUGUCAUAAAAAUCUGGGUCGUAAAAUGUUAUAAUAUGAGCUCAGUGUAUUUAAACAUGCAGCACUACCAAGUGCGCACCACAGAGAUAGUAGAUCCACAUUGACCCAAUGUAUUGGCAUUGUUGGUUCCCCCAUUGGAUUUCACGGCAAACGAAUGGACGGACACACACGAAGAAAAGGAGAAAAAAAAUCCCCAUAAAAAUUCCGGUAUUUGCACAAAAUACACAAAAGCUCAAAGCACACUAAAUUCAAAUACUGAGAACGAGCAAACACAGAGCGCGAGAGCAGAAAAAAAGAUUCCUCAUUUCUAUUCAACAUCUUAAUGCUGUAGUUUGUAUGAAUGUUACCGUUAGUUAUCGUCUCUAGCCACAGUGAAUGAGAACACACUGAGAAGGUAUGGUUUUUUUUCUCUCUUCUGCUGCCGCAAUUGUUUGUCAGUGGUUUGUUGGUGGGAAAAAAAGAGAGUGGAACAAAAAUUCGGCCAAAUCCUCAUGUGAUUUGUGUUAUGAGAUUAUAUGCGAGUAACAUCGAUAAAAAAAAAACGCAGAUAGCAUUUAUGGAUGAACGUUUUGUUAUACUAAACGCUCUCGAUUCUUUUUCCACAUCGGUGCGAAGCUGGUGUAUAGAGCUGAGCUAGAAAAAAUACGUGCACGUGGACAUAAAACCUGGAGAGAGAAAAUGAUGGGAAAAAAGGAAAUUCAGAGUGAAUGAAAGAAAAUAGGAAAAAUUCAUAAAAAGCGAGCUGUAUGAAAAUCGAGCGCAGAAAAUAUUAUGAGGUGAUGCUGAGACCACAUGUCAAUUAUAUCGUUCACCACAGAAAUGUCUCAUUUUCGAUCCAACUCUCGUUUAUAUUACGAACUCUAUUCGCCUAAUUGAUUGAAGUUAAAAUUGAGUCGAUUGUGUUCGCGCGCAGCAUGCUAACGCCGUUUUAUCAACUAGUUAAUGCCGAUCGUUUGCUCCAUAAGCCAUUUUUAUGCUACUGAUUGUUGUGUAAUGUGCUCUUGUUAUGGUGUAAACUCUGACCACAUGCAUUUACCAUACGCGCGCAGCAGCAACAUCAACACCACCAACCAACAAUAUUCUCAACGGUCGACGACAUUCUCAUCGGUCUCCGUGGUGUGUGCCAUAUACGGAAUUCCGUUCCAUUCUCAAGCCAUCUCAUGUGAAUCACACGCGCUUCCCUACCUCGCCAUAUAUAUUCUUGUUGUGUGUUCUUUUUUUGCUCGUUCACGGUGAGCGGGUAAAGCCAAGGGCAACAUGCAACAACGCAACGUAUUAAAUGUGUAUAUGUGCUUAUUGUCUAAUAGUUUUAUAGCGUGCACAUUUUUUUCACAAUUUCCAUGGUCAUAAUGACUGCUGUGCUGCUCGCUUGCUUGCUUCCUUCGGCAUGGGAUGGAUAUUCAUUGUGAUUUCGCUCGUUAUGCACUUUAAAAUGGUGAUCGCCUUGUUUAAUUGAUGUUACACUACAAAACGAUUCGGAAUGUGCGCCGUUUGUAUCUCGGGUUUUUUUUCCCUUCAUUUCAAUGUGGCCGCUUCUCGGAAAAUUUAUUUCAAACAUGUGCUCGCAAACGCAUAUUUGCAACGAACACAUACCGAAUAAUUACUGCACCCCAAAAAUGCCACUCUUGGCGAUUGUGGUGAAAAAUUUAGAAAUGAAAUGCGAACAUGGCAAAGCUGGUUUUCCGACCAAGAUUAAUUACGCCAUCCACAAUACAAAAUUCAUACCAUUUGUUUGUCUUAUUUUUUUUUUGGAUUUUGGUGCGUCUUGUUUGCCGAUGGCCAUUGGCCAUGUGGUAAAUCACCACCGGUGAUGCAUUUCAAAAUGGUGCCCAUCCGAAAGAAACCGACGCAAGAGUUUACACUCAUUGCAGCGCUUGCUCGUGCAAAUCAUUUCACAUUUAGAACAAAACAAACAUAGGUUGCUUCAAACAACUUGCGUUUGCUGAACAGCCAAACCGGGAACUGUUUUGGAUGAGCACGCUGCUGUUUUAUUUGAAUUAUUACAUUGCAAAUGGAUUUCAACAGUCUUAAUAGAAUCCAUUGACAAAGUGAGUUGCACGAAAUUGCAAGAGCAAAGAAAUCUUUUCACUGUUUCACUCGUGUGGAUUUUGAUUUCUCUUUCAAAAUUUCAUUUUCUCAUAAUUCAAUUGUUGUUCAUACGGUGAAUCACAUGUUGGAAAAUGCGCGCUCGUUCUUCUUUUGCCAUCAAAACACAUCGCAAUGUGAUUUCGUGAAAGCCCUGACACAAUGCAUCAUCAUCGUUUCAACAAACUCGAGACAAGACACCGUCGUCUCGAUAAUAUAUUUAUAUGUUGGCCGACUGAAUGAACCAUUCCAUGAGGUCAUGCGCACUGAGCGCAAACCGUUCCAGGGAAACGUUGCGAAAUGGAAAUUCUCGCUAACAUUGCGAAAACAUUGGCUCGAAACACUUCAAUGGGAACGUUUCUUGCUUCUCCUUCCAUUUGGAAUGUGUAGCCGCCAAAUUUUCGACUCGGAACCAUGCAGACGUGUUGGUUACCGAUGGAAUGCUUGGGUGAAAAUCAACUGGCAAUUGCUCCAUAAUGAAAAACGCAGCGAAUUCGAUUCCAAUGGAAAACCGACGAGCGCGCGCACACAGAGCAGAGGAGACGAAUGCGUUUUGGUUUGUGUGUCAGCAGAGCAUAGGCACAUGGAUGUGGGAAAAUAUUUGUUGAGAGAAGAAAAAAAGAAUCACUAGACAAACAUUGCGAAUUCCAUCCAACAUUGAUGUGAACACAUGCGAAUUGAGCGAGAGAGCAUUGUGCACUUUUGCUUCGUAUCGCACGCAAUAGUGAUUCAGUUGAUGUCAAUGCGGCCAAACCUCAUGUUCAUACGCGCUCUCUUACCCAUUGUGUACUCUACUGUGCGAACGAAUUUUCAUUUUUUUAUGUGCCGACUGCCCUUUUAACGUUCCUGUAGCGUGAACGAGAGGAAAAUACAGCAGCAGCAGCAGCAGCGAUAGGCAUGAAUUUUGCGAAUAAAACAGAACAAAGAUUUAAUCAUUUGCAUUUGAAUUGGAAAAUUAAUUGACGAUUUAAGUUGAGAAACUCGAUAGUUAAAGGCGAACAAAAAGAUAACAAUUGAAUCCAAAAAGUGUGAUUCUGUGUCCAUGUGAAUGGAUUGUUUUUUUUUCGGUGUUCAACAUUGAAACAUUGAGUGUGGACUUGUUUCCAAGAGAAUUUCCGUUAAUUGCGAUUGCAAAACGUUGAAUUGUGCUUGUUCAAAAAGAGAUGAAAUGAAAAUUUUUUUUUUUAUCAAAUGUGCAAAAUAGCGACAGAAAAAAGCUUAUAAAUACAUCCAGGUGUUUAAUUGGAUAUUGUGUAAAUGAAUUGAUGACAAAAUACCCCGUUGUCGAUUGAUUUUUUUCGCAAGUGAAGCAAAUUGUGAAUGAUAACGAAUAUCAGAUUGAUAGCAAAAACAAGCGAAGAAAAAAGUAACGCUGAAAAAUAAAAUCAAGAGAAAGAGAGUGAAAAAUCGAUUAAACAGUUAACAGCAUUUGUUAUUUUGCCAUUUCUGUUGAAUGAAAAAUAAAAUAUCGAAGCCGGAACAAACCGGAUUCGCACAUAUUCCAAUCGAAAGUGAGUUGAGAAUAAACAAAGUCUACACGAAGAGACAUAAAACUGAAAACGUAAGCAAAGCUGAAAGAACAUGAGCGUUGGCCUAAAUGGUGACAUUCACUGAAUUGAUGAAUCCAACCAACUUUCUGAUAUUCAUAUACGCAAGUAUGUGAAAAAAGCCAGACAUCAAGUCUUCGUGACACCAGAUCUUUAGCUAAAAGCCAUCCAUUCGACUUGCAAACCGCAUGAAGCGCAACACAACCGAGAAAAAGCAAUUAAUCGAUGUACAGAGAGAAAACGGAAGACGAACCGAAGCAAUGAUAAAAAACGGGAAAUUUUAAUAAAAUCAGCCCGUUAAAUGGAAUCAAAUUAAGUUCGAAGCGAUUCACAGACGAGAGAGAAAACGAAAAUGACAUUGAGUCUGUAAAUAGAAACCAAUUGAAUCGAAUUGAAUACAGGAAUCGAAUAGAAGAAAAAACGGAGAAUAAAGAACCAGAGAGAAAGAGAGCACAUAAUGAGUGUAAAAAAGACAUUGGACAAAAAUGAAGUGAUUAGAUACUGUAAUUGCAGCAAUUAUCUCGACAUGUCGACAACACAAUUGUCGCAUUAUUAUUCAUCGAUUGUGUUAUAAGUACCCGGCGAAUGGAAGUUAUUUUAGCAUUUCCGAUGCGUGUGCAGUCAAAAGUACUUCAGCUUAUUGUUUUAAUUGUGACAAAAUUCAUUCGUAUUGGUAUUGCUGAUAAAAACGAUAAUCCACCAUAUUUUGAUAAGGCCCUUUAUGAGGCUGAAGUUGAUGAAAAUGAGGAUAUUCAGCAUACCGUACUCACAGUCACCGCCAAGGAUCACGAUGAAUCAUCGCGUAUUCGAUAUGAGAUCACGAGCGGUAACAUAGGUGGUGCAUUCGCAGUAAAAAAUAUGACAGGAGCGAUUUAUGUCGCUGGCGCUCUUGAUUACGAAACCAGAAAACGAUACGAACUUCGUUUAGCGGCAUCCGAUAAUUUAAAGGAAAACUACACAACCGUUGUAAUUCACGUUAAAGAUGUCAAUGAUAAUCCGCCAGUAUUUGAGCGGCCAACGUAUCGCACACAAAUCACGGAAGAGGACGAUCGAAAUCUACCCAAACGAGUCUUACAGGUGACGGCAUCCGAUGGAGACAAAGAUCGCCCACAAAACAUCGUCUACUUCUUAACCGGACAAGGUAUUGAUCCAGAUAAUCCAGCCAAUAGCAAAUUCGAUAUAAACCGAACAACUGGCGAAAUCUUCGUGCUGAAGCCAUUGGAUCGAGAUCAACCGAAUGGUCGGCCGCAAUGGCGUUUCACCGUAUUUGCACAGGAUGAAGGCGGUGAAGGUUUGGUCGGAUAUGCCGAUGUUCAAGUGAAUCUUAAAGAUAUCAACGAUAAUGCACCGAUAUUCCCGCAAGGCGUUUACUUUGGCAACGUCACCGAAAAUGGCACCGCUGGCAUGGUUGUAAUGACAAUGACAGCAGUCGAUUACGAUGAUCCGAACGAAGGCUCAAAUGCAAAAUUAGUCUAUUCGAUUGAGAAAAAUGUGAUAGAAGAAGAGACCGGUUCGCCGAUAUUCGAAAUUGAGCCCGACACCGGUGUUAUCAAAACGGCCGUGUGCUGCUUGGAUCGCGAACGAACACCAGACUAUUCGAUACAAGUGGUGGCAAUGGAUGGCGGAGGGUUAAAAGGAACUGGGACGGCCUCGAUACGUGUGAAAGAUAUAAACGAUAUGCCGCCACAGUUUACGAAGGACGAAUGGUUCACGGAGGUCGAUGAAACGGAUGGCACAAAUCUGCCGGAAAUGCCCAUUCUCACGGUCACCGUGCACGAUGAAGACGAAACAAACAAAUUCCAGUAUAAAGUGAUUGACAAUAGCGGUUAUGGUGCGGAUAAAUUCACAAUGGUGCGCAACAACGACGGAACGGGCAGCUUGAAAAUUGUACAACCGCUCGACUACGAGGAUCAACUGCAAAGCAACGGUUUCCGAUUCCGUAUUCAGGUCAAUGACAAAGGCGAAGACAAUGAUAAUGAUAAAUAUCACGUGGCAUAUUCGUGGGUCGUUGUCAAAUUGAGAGAUAUCAACGAUAAUAAACCGGUUUAUGACCGUGCCAAUAUCGAGGUGCAAGUGUAUGAAAAUACAGAAGUUGGUAAAGUACUUGAGAAAUUCGUUGCAAAUGACCCGGAUCAAGGUGGAAAGAGCAAAGUAUCGUAUGCAAUUGACCGCACAUCGGAUCGACAGCGACAAUUUUCAAUUAAUCAAGACGGUGUUGUUAAAAUUCAACGGUCAUUGGAUCGCGAAGUUACGCCACGGCAUCAAGUCAAAAUUUUGGCAAUUGACGAUGGUAUUCCACCAAAAACGGCCACUGCCACACUUACUGUGAUUGUUCAAGAUAUUAACGAUAACGCCCCUAAAUUCCUGAAAGACUAUCGACCUGUAUUGCCCGAACACGUGCCACCACGUAAAGUUGUCGAAAUUUUAGCCACCGACGAUGACGACCGUUCGAAGAGCAAUGGACCACCAUUCCAAUUCCGUUUAGACCCGGGUGCGGAUGAUAUCAUUCGAGCUUCAUUCAAAGUUGAACAAGAUCAAAAGGGUGCAAACGGUGAUGGUAUGGCAAUUGUAUCAUCGUUGCGUUCAUUCGACCGUGAACAGCAAAAAGAAUACUUGAUUCCGAUUGUAAUCAAAGAUCAUGGAACGCCGGCAAUGACUGGUACCAGUACGUUGACUGUGAUUAUAGGUGAUGUAAACGAUAACAAAAUGCAGCCCGGUUCAAAGGAUAUAUUCGUGUACAACUAUCAAGGGCAAGCGCCGGACACACAAAUCGGUCGGGUUUAUGUGUACGAUUUGGACGAUUGGGAUUUGCCAGACAAGAAAUUCUAUUGGGAAACACAAGAGCAUAUGCGAUUUAAAUUAGACGAAGACACCGGAAUGAUAACAAUGAAACAAGGCACGCGCGAAGGAACGUACAAUUUGAAAUUUAAAGUUUACGAUCGAAAGCACACACAAACGGAUGUUGCGGCAAAUGUAACGGUAACCGUACGUGAAAUACCACACGAGGCGGUUGUAAAUUCGGGUUCGAUUCGAAUUGCCGGUAUUACCGAUGAGGAUUUCAUUCGUGUAUGGAAUUAUCGGGCACAAAGUUUAUCGCGAAGUAAAUUAGAUCGUUUCAAAGAUAAAUUAGCGGAUUUGUUGAAUACCGAGCGUGAAAAUGUUGAUGUGUUUAGUGUGCAAUUGCGUAGAAAGCAUCCACCUCUGACUGACGUUCGAUUUUCAGCACAUGGUUCACCAUACUAUAAACCGGUCCGAUUGAAUGGCAUUGUGUUGAUGCAUCGCGAAGAGAUUGAAAAGGAUGUCGGUAUCAACAUUACAAUGGUUAGCAUCGAUGAAUGUUUGUAUGAGAAUCAAAUGUGUGAGGGUUCAUGCACAAACACACUCGAUAUCAGUUCACUGCCAUACAUGGUGAAUGCAAACAAAACGGCUUUGGUUGGUGUGCGCGUUGAUGUUCUGGCCGAAUGUACGUGCGGUGCAAGAAACUUUAGCAAAACGGAAUCAUGUCGAAAUAAUUUGUGUUACAAUGGCGGUCGAUGUGUGGAAACAAGAUAUGGUCCGACAUGUUCGUGCCCGGCUGGUUAUACGGGUCCACGGUGCCAACAAACAACACGUAGCUUCCGUGGAACGGGUUGGGCAUGGUAUCCACCGCUUGAAAUGUGCGAUCACUCUCAUUUGAGCUUUGAAUUUAUCACACGCAAAUCGGAAGGUUUAUUGAUUUACAACGGGCCAAUUGUGCCGCCCGAACGCGAUGAAUUGCUCGUUUCAGAUUUCAUUUCUGUGGAAAUGGAACGCGGUUAUCCGAGAUUAUUGAUUGACUUUGGAUCGGGCACACUCGAGCUCAAAGUGAAAACAAAGAAAACAUUGGACGAUGGUGAAUGGCAUCGAUUGGAUAUAUUCUGGGAUACUGAAACCGUUCGUAUGGUUGUCGAUUAUUGUAAAUCGGCUGAAGUGUCGGAAAUGGAAGACGGUUCACCGCCCGAAUUCGACGAUUCAUCGUGUCAAGCGCGUGGCACAAUACCACCGUUCAAUGAGUAUCUCAAUGUGAAUGCACCGCUACAGAUUGGCGGCUUGUAUCGCGAACAAUUCGAUCCACAAUUGUAUCUAUGGCAUUAUAUGCCGACUGGCAAAGGUUUCGAUGGUUGCAUUCGUAAUUUGAUGCACAACAGUAGACUGUAUGAUUUAGCGCAUCCAGGAUUGUCGAGGAAUAGUGUUGCCGGUUGUCCGCAAACCGAAGAUGUUUGCAGUCAAAGCGAACAAACGGCACGAUGCUGGGAGCACGGAAAUUGCGUUGGCAGUUUCAGUGAAGCACGCUGUCAAUGCCGACCCGGAUGGACUGGACCAUCAUGUAAUAUUCCAACCAUUCCGACCACAUUUAAACAACAAAGUUAUGUAAAAUAUGCCCUGAGCUUCGAACCCGAUCGAUUUAAUACACAAAUUCAACUGCGGUUCCGUACCCGAGAACAACAUGGUGAAUUGUUCCGUGUUAGCGAUCAACACAAUCGAGAGUAUGGCAUUUUGGAAAUUAAAGAUGCUCGUCUGCAUUUCCGAUACAAUUUGAAUUCGUUACGAACGGAAGAGAAAGACUUGUGGCUCAAUGCAAUUCUGGUGGACGACGGUCAAUGGCAUACGGUGCGUGUGAAUCGAUAUGGAUCGGCUGCAAUGCUCGAACUUGACGGUGGCGAAGGACGACGAUACAAUGAAACAUUCGAAUUCGAUGGGCAUCAAUGGCUUUUUGUUGACAAACAAGAAGGCGUUUAUGCUGGUGGCAAAGCUGAAUACACUGGCGUUCGCACAUUCGAAGUGUAUGCCGAUUAUCAAAAGAGCUGCUUGGAUGAUAUCAGAUUGGAAGGUAAACAUUUACCACUGCCACCUGCAAUGAAUGGCACUCAAUGGGGUCAAGCAACAAUGGCACGCAAUCUCGAACGUAAUUGCCCAUCAAAUAAACCAUGUUCGAAUGUUAUUUGCCCGGACCCAUUCGAAUGUAUCGAUUUGUGGAAUGAAUAUGAGUGCACUUGUGGCGAGGGUCGUAUUAUGUCAACGGAUCAAAAAGGAUGCAUGGAUCGAAACGAAUGCUUGGAUUUACCAUGCUUGAAUGGAGCGUCGUGUAUCAAUUUGGAACCGAAAUUCCGUUAUCGUUGCGUUUGCCUCGACGGUUUCUGGGGUGAAAAUUGUGAAUUGAUCCAAGAAGGUCAAACGCUAAAACUGAGCAUGGGCGCUCUGGCGGCUAUCCUUGUCUGUCUUCUGAUCAUUUUAAUCCUUGUGCUGAUAUUCGUUGUGUACAGUCGACGACGUGAGGCGCACAUCAAGUAUCCGGGCCCCGAUGAUGAUGUGAGAGAGAACAUCAUCAAUUAUGAUGAUGAGGGUGGCGGCGAAGAUGAUAUGACCGCUUUUGAUAUCACACCACUGCAAAUCCCAAUCGGUGGCCCCAUGCCCGAAUUGGCCAACUGCAAAAUGCCCAUUAUGUAUCCGGUAAUGACAUUGGGUCCGAACCAAGAACCAAACGUUGGAAUGUUUAUCGAUGAGCACAAGAAACGAGCCGAUGCCGAUCCAAAUGCACCGCCAUUCGAUGACUUAAGGAAUUAUGCCUAUGAAGGAGGCGGCAGCACUGCCGGUUCACUCAGUUCAUUAGCAUCAGGUACCGAUGAUGAGGAUCAAGAGUAUGAUUGCCUUGGCGCUUGGGGUCCUCGCUUCGAUAAAUUGUCAACAAUGUACGGCCAACGAACUGACAUAGGUGCAACAAUACCUGAACUAGAUGAACUAUAAAUUUCCAAAGAUCAACACACUAUACCGCAUAAGUAUUUAUUUAAAAGAGAGAUAAAGUGAUGAGAUGCAACGUAAGUUUGCAUAUGUGUCAUAAAAGAGGACUGAACCAUCAUCGAAAAAAAACCACAGCAACAACAACAAGCGAAAUCGACGAAAUGAAGCAAAAAAGAAGCUACCAACAACUGGACACAUUUUGUAAGAAGUUAGAAACGAACAAUAUAGUUGAGAUCAAUUCCAAAGCGAAAAAUGAAGAAAAAAAGAAAAGCAAGCAAACAAUUCCACAACAAUAAUUGUUUUAAUAUUAAUUCUUCUGUCAUUUAUAACUAUAAAACUACGUCAUUCACACGGCACUAACAACAACAAUUCACAAUAACAUUUAUUCGAAAAACUACAAUUUUUGUUUUGUAAUUAAAGAAGAAGAAAAAAACACUUAUACGAUAAGCAAAAGACGACGACAUAGAAACCAAACACAAAAUGAUUGAAGCGAAUCAUUUUUAUUCAAGCAUAUUUAAAAACAAUAACAAUUCGAUGAUCAUAGACGUAACACAACAACAAAUUAAAUAUGGUAGAAUUUAGAGAGAAAUGGAUAAUACAAAUGCAGACACUAUAUAUUUUCACCUGUUACAGAAAAAUAUUGAACGAAACAGCCAUAUACAAAAAAGACAUUUUAUGACCCGUGUUUCUUCAUGUUCAUCAUUUUGAUGACGACAUACAAUUCCGUUUUCAAUUCAUAGUUCAUUUAACGAUAGACGGAAUUUUUAACACACAAACACCGAAUAUAUCGGCACCAUUUUUUAUAAACCGUUUACUCUUUAACAGAUCAUACGUGUGAUGUUUCGUUUUUUUUUCUUCUCUUAUAUACAAAAAAAAAAGUACAAACCGACGGAUUUUGCGAUGAUUUUGAUGCGUUUUUUUAUGAACAACAUCAACAACAACUACAAAAAUAUCUCAUUUUUCAAAGCGAACAUCUCAUUUUUUUUUUUAAAUUGUAUCGUAACAACAAAAAAAUUCAUCCGAAUCUCAUGUGUUACACUCACAACCCAUUUCGAAUCAUUUGUUGAGUGUGAAAUCACUACGGACCGCAUGGCCCUAGAUCAAGAAUCUUAAAUGUCAAGUGAAAAGAAACUAAAAAUUAAGAGAAAAACCAUUUUUUUUUGAGCUGAAACCAAAUUCAUUUCGAUUUAAAUCAAGUAUUUAGCCGAAUUCCAAAUGUGAGUGAUUAGGAAAUACUCAAGCAGAAAAAAACGUAAAAUUUUACAAAAAAAUUAAGAAAUUAAGAUGUGUCACCAAAAAAAGUAAAAACAUCAAUCGUUUUAUGUACGUAUUUUAAGUAUGUGGAACAUUUUAUGAAGGAAACAAAAAAAGAAAUAAUCAAAUUGGUUUAUAGGGAGAAUUAGUCUGUGUUCGAGCGAAGAAUUGGGCCAUAUUCAUAAACUAAAUAAACAAAAAAGUAUCAUUCAAUUAGAAAAUAAAGAGAAAACACCCACACACGCAUUUAAAGAGAAAAAGAAUCCCAAAAUGAAAUGCUUAUCGCACGAUUAUCACACGCGUUCAAUUCAGAAGAUGAACAGCAAUGAUCCAAUUACAUACAUGAUGAGAUAGUAAAGGGGAAUUCAUUUUUUGCCUAACAUUUAAAUGUUAUCUGGUAAAUUGUAAAUAGUAUAUGAUAAUCAAGGUAAAGAGAAAUUAAAAUUUAGACAUUCACAUUAAUUUUGGUCGAAUGUUAUCAUUCGGUCUACAUCAUCAUCGUACGUCAAGCAUUUUCAUAUGACUCAUUUUUGUUUUGUCAAUCGUAUUCUGUUUCGCCGUUAUUGUUAAUUCCACCUAGUAAAACGUAUAUUGUAAUCGCACCCCUUUGUCAUCCAAUCAAUCCAAAAUACCAACAUUAGACAAUUUCGUUCAUGCCCAUCAAUGGUUUUUAAUUGACAACUGAUGGCCAAGAAGUUUUGUCAUUUGGGUCAAAUGACUUUGAAAAUAUGACAAAGAAAUCAUCAUUCACCAUACCCACACCCACACCGACACACAUUACUUAAUUCAUAAAUGAUUUGUUUUAGCAGCCACUCGACGCUGUUCUGUAUGUGUCCUAUGUAGAAAACAAUUAGACAGGUUUAUGCUAGGCGCCGCGUAAAAAAAAGACUAUUAAAGUUAAGAAACGAUAUGUUGAAAAGAGGGAUAAAAAAAGAGCGACAAACGAAAAGAAAUCUAGUAAAAACGGUGAAGUUGAACAUGUUACUGUUGUUCAACACCGCGUUGCUAAUAUAGUCAAGGCUAGCACAAGUCUCAUUACGCAAAUAAUAAUCCACUUUUUGUUCAGUCACGAGAUUCACAAACGUCAAAACCGUGUUCAAAAGCUCAUUUGCAAUUGCCCUCAUUUUCUUUCUGUUUGUAUGAAAAAAUAGAAUUGAUCUUCCAUUUGCACACAAAUCAUCGCGAAACACACUUUUAAUUACGUUUCACAUCAAAUAAAUCACACAUUUUGGCUGACUCACCCAUGACCAGCGACAUAUUUAUUGGUUGACUGAGUCAACUGGACUCAUCCCUAUAAAAAAACACGAAUGAAAUGAGAUCGUAGCGAACGCGUCAAUUCAAAAUCCUCAUCUUCAUUAUAAUCCAAUCAAAACCAAAAACAACCAAGCAGAUUUAAUGAUUAUUAAGUAAAAUCUCGCUAUUAUAAAAUUAAUCCUCAGAGUAAAUAAAUAAAACAAACAAAAAAAUAAAUAAAUAAAUAAAAAAACAUAUAUGAAAAUUAUAUUUAAAUAAUACAUUUUAAGGAAUGUUAUUUAGAGGCACUUGAAUAAAAUGAAAUAAUGACGUAUGUUAAACCAAAUGCAUAUUGACGUGAGAAUAAAAUGUAAAAAAAAAACAAUGAUGUCACCGAAUAAGAUGUACGCUCGGUAUUCGAGUGUGCACAUUUGAUGGACUGGACACUGCUAAGACACCCAUAAAAUUAGAAUGAAAAUAACGUGCAAACCAAUCAUUAUUAAAUUAAUACAAUGGAUAUGACAACAUACAUUAAAACGGUAUAUGUUUAUGAAUGGAAAUGAAUUUGUUUUUCGGAACACAUUGUCAUGAAAAUAAUUAAUCGGCCAGUUUUAGAGGGAAGAUGCAUUUUGAAUGGAAUAGAUAAAACUUGCAACUAGAAAUGCCACAAUUUGCAAAACGUAGUUAAAUUACACUCAGAAAAAAAAUGCAGUUUAGGAACAACAACCAGAUUACAGAAAAAAAAGUUAGUUUUUACACUUCUUACGACGAAACGAAAAAUAAUUGCAUUUAUCAUAUUUAAAACCAACAAUUUCAUGUAGCAACAAUUUCAUCUAUUUAUAAACACAAAACAUGCAUUCAAUUUUCCUGUAGACAAUGCGCGCAGACAACGACAAAAUGCCCUGUGCGUCCCUUCCGCCCUGGAGAGCUCAUUUCCUGUGUGUGUGUUAGGGGCGCUGGCGACGGAGCGAUUUGGAUUUUGUGCACAAAAAGUUUUGUGCAUAACAACCAAAACGAAUACAAGCUAGACUGCAUCAUUCCUCGUGUCUAUUCAGUGAAAAGUCACUUUUCAACAUUUUCCAAUUGCACAAAUCCAUUUUGACGGACGACAUAAGCAGAAAAAAAACAGAUAGUUCAUGAAGACGACGGAAAAAAAUUAUCAAAAGAAAUGCUCAAUUUAAGUUUAGGAUCAAUUCAUGAGUUGUUGUUUUUAUUUGCACGAAAAAAAUAUGGUCAGUUGUCCUUUCAUCUCCAGCCCUUUUUUCCCCUCAAUGAAUACCAAAGCAUUUUUGAUGGUUUUUUUAUUUUAUCAUCAUUAAUUUUUAAUAUGUAAAACAACAAAAAAAGGUGAAUUUUUUAAAUCGUAAUUUUUUGUAACAAUUUUUUCAAUUAGAUUAGAUUUGUUUGUAUUGUUUCGUUUUGCAACAAAUGUAUAAAUUACAUCGAAAAUCUUACAGUGAAAAUGAAUCAGCCGCGUUAGUUGUAAUUUGUUUCGAGUACACAUUUUUUCUUUCCAUUGGCUCUCUGUCAGAUAAAGACCAUAGAAAUGAGUUUCAAAUCAAAAAUGAUUAAGAGAAAAUAAUGAAGAAACAUAAAGACAAACAAAAUUAUUUAGUGUAUUUUGCGACAAACAAAUUAUUGUGUGUAGUAAUCUUUAGUUUAAGAUCAGAAUAAGCUACAUAAAAAUCUUCUUUUUUUUUCUUUCGAAAAAAAAAUCUAUCUUGUCACAAAAGUGGGCAAAAUUGCAAAUCAAACCGUUAUACUUUGCAAAUUUAAAGGAAAAAUCAACACAACUGGUUGAUUUCUAUCGGUUUAUUGUUAGGAUGGCUGCAUUUUUUAAAAAAAGAUUUUAAUGAAAGAUGAUAGGAAAUGUCUACUAAAAGAAAUCGAGUUUGAAGCCAACGAAAAGUUUAGUCAUCGGUGUCAUUCUCACUUAUGAAAAAUGAUCAACUGUUUAGUGAACACACACACGCAUUUUUCCAAAGCACAUCUUAAAGUAAAGGAAAUUCAAUUUUGGUUAGUUUUCAGUCGAAUGUCACAAACACAUUUUAAUUUGCGUCCGCGCGAGCAAUUUAUACGUGUCAUUUGUAUAUUUCUUUCGGUAUACGUACGAAUUUCUUCAGUUUUAGAUUCGUUUCUCCCAAAAUGCAAUUAAGUUAUAGUAUGUGUUACCUGUGAUUUUAUUUUGUAUAUUUUAGUUUUUCGUUAAGACAAAAUAUAUAAUUGCAAUUUUCGUUCAUACAUUUAUUUCCUUUCGGUUUUUUUUUCAUUGGAAACGAUAGCAAAAAACAAUCGUUUAUUCAUUUCAAGAGCAUUGUAUAAAAUAAAUAACCAAAAGAACUAUCAUUCAACCGAAUAGAAACAGCAGAAACUUGAAAGAAAAGAGCAGUUGUCAUCAAGCAUAAACACACACACGCAAAUUCAUUGUUCCGUUUCAACUACUCUUUGUGUUUAUGCGCUAAAUAUGCAAAGAUAAACCACAUACAUUGUAAUUUUUAUUAUAUAUUAAUUUAAAUAAAAUGAAGAAAAGAAAUGAAAACGAUGUAAGAAAUUAAGAAAACUGAGAAAAUAAUUAAGGAAAAAUAAACUGAAACAACAACAACAACAACAAAAAUAAAGUAAAAACGUUAAAUGGAAA